GCGAACCGGUGGAUUAGUACUGCGGUGGGUGACCACGUGGGAAUACCCGCUGCUGUAUGUUUUGCUUUUGUGUAGGGCAGAUCGCUUAGAUCUCGAGAAGUGAAGUGAUGUUGCGGAUAACAAUAUCUAGCUGGAUCUGAUGCCCGCUAUUGGUAGGUCUUAUCAAACGCCGAUGUAGCCGCAGUAACCGCCUUUGCAGGCGAAUAUCAAUAUUUUGCAACACCUCCAUCUCCAAACAUCAGUGUCGCUAAUAUUCACUGCUUACCGUCCAAGGAUCUCGGAGAGAGGGGGCCUCAAAGAUGAAACCAAAAGCUCUGCUCCUCGGCAGCAUUGACCACGCAAGAGACAGCUGGAAUGGCCUUUCAGACAUUGCCGACCUCGUUGAACCACAAGCGAAGAAUCGCGCAGAAUUUCUCGAAGAAUGUACAUCCGGCAAGUUCGAUGGCGUCGUCGCCGCCUAUCGAACGUUCGCUACCGAUGUCACUGGGCUGUGGGACGAGGAGCUCAUCAAUGCGCUCCCGAAAAGUCUCACUUUCUGUUCUCACCUGGGCGCGGGAUACGACCAAAUCGAUGUGCAUGCGUGCUCAGCGCGGGAUCCGCCCAUUCGUAUCAGUAACGUCCCGACUCUGGUAGACGAUGCGACUGCGGAUACUGCAGUAUUUCUGAUUCUCGGAGCGCUUCGAGGCUUCAACACCUCGAUGUUAGCGCUCAGGGAGGGCAAGUGGCGAGGUCAGCCCGCGCCUCCUCUCGGUCAUGAUCCUGAAGGAAAGACUCUCGGGAUCCUGGGGAUGGGUGGUAUUGGGAGGAACAUGAAGAAGAAGUGCGAUGCCUUCGGUAUGAAGGCAAUCUACCACAACCGAAAGAAGCUCGAUGACGAUCUCGCCGGGGGCGCAGAGUACGUCUCGUUUGACGACCUUCUUGCGCGGUCGGAUGUUCUGAGCUUGAACCUUCCGCUGAAUAAACACACCCGCCACAUCAUCUCCACAGCUGAAUUUGCGAAGAUGAAGAAAGGGGUUAUCAUUGUCAACACGGCUCGCGGCGCCGUUAUGGAUGAAGACGCGCUUGUCAAAGCCCUCGAAAGUGGUCAGGUGCUUAGUGUCGGUCUGGACGUUUACGAGGCGGAGCCGAAAGUCCAUCCUGGCCUUGUGGACAACCCUCAUGUCAUGCUGUUACCACACAUGGGCACCUGGACGGUAGAAACCCAAACAGCGAUGGAACGAUUCUGCGUUGAGAAUAUUCGCUCGGCUUUAGAAACGGGUAAGCUGAAGAGCCCGGUGCCAGAACAAGCUGAUCUAUGAUUGCUCUUGGCGAGCUGCUGCCGGAAGGCGCCGACCGCACUUUGAUGCCUUGCCGGUCCUUGUUAUGUAGAAGUGUCUGACCCUAGCCUGUCCUCAUGAAUGCUGAUAUCAGCAGCGAACUUGGGUAUCUCUGCAAACCCACAAAAUGCGCCGUGCGUCAAAACAAGCUCCGCUUGAACGAUCACAUACUGCUGAAAUUAGUUGUUCGUCCAUCACUGCUUUUGCAGAAGCCACCCUCGCAGCGCCAUACUGC